AUGGGUUACCAAGGAUGGAAACUUUCUAAUGGCACCCUGGGCGCCCCCCACUACUUCCUAGAGCGCUUCUCAGCCAGCUCCUUCUCCUGGGCACUGACUGCCUUUCUGGUUACCUCAGCUACUGCCUUCCAAGGGCUCCUACUGCUGUUGCCAUCACUGCUGCCACCACCGUCUGCACCCUCAGGGGACAUGGGGUCUCACCUCCACAGCCCUGACCCCGAGGCCCACAGGCUACUGUCAGCCCGUAGUGCCUCCCUGCUAGGUCUGCUGACCGUCACCAACGCACUGACCAACGGUGUGCUGCCCGCGGUGCAGAGCUUCUCCUGCCUGCCCUAUGGGCGCCUGGCCUACCACCUGGCUGUGGUGCUGGGCAGCGCUGCCAACCCCCUAGCCUGCUUACUGGCCAUGGGUGUGCUGUGCAGGACCCUGGCAGGCCUUGCUGCUCUCUCUUUGCUGGGUGUGCUCUUUGGGGCCUAUCUGAUGGCGCUGGCGAUUCUGAGCCUCUGCCCAAGCAUAGUGGGCACCUCUUCAGGGACCGUUCUUGUGGUCGUGUCUUGGGUGCUCUGCCUUGGCCUCUUUUCCUACGUGAAGGUGGCAGCCAGUUCUCUGCUACACAGUGGGGGCCGCCGGGCAUUGCUGGCCGUAGGUGUGGCUAUCCAAGUGGGCUCCCUGCUGGGGGCAGUCGCCAUGUUUCCUCCCACCAGCAUCUACCACAUGUUCCUUAGUGGGGAAGACUGUGUGGAUGCUUGCCACUCCUGA